AUGAUACCACCACGGCAGCAAGUAAAGGUCACUAUCACACAACAAGAUACUCCUCUGGCUGGUUAUACCGAAGAAGAGUACGAUCAGUUGUUCGAGUCAGGUCAUGAUUUACCAUCGUGGGAUGAAAUUCUGCGAUUGGUAGGAGAAAUGCACCAUGAAGAAGUGAAGAACUCUGUGGAUCAAGAUAAAAGGUUGAAAGAGUGUUAUGAGAAAAUACUGCAAGGAGGAGAUGAAAAAACAAAUUCAAAACAACCAUGCAUUUUGGAAAGUAAGGAUUGA